GCGUGCAGCCGCCGCUCCUGCGAAAUGAAGGCGAGGGAAGUCAUGAGACCCUUUUUACCCCGCAUCUGCGAGUCCGUCUCAUUCCAUCGCCAUUUUGUUCGCUUUAGAAGGUCGCGAUUAAAUUUCCAUGGCGGAUGUAAGUCGGUGCAAAAUCAAUGUCCGAAGGCUGGGAAAUGAUGUUGUUCCAGAGCCGACUGUCAUGGGCAGUAAAGCUGAGGAAGGUGCCUCAACUUCUUCCAUGGGAGAAGAGCGACCUCUAGCACAACCGCUGCACUUGCAGCGUCUAGAGAGGGCCGUCAAUCUAGACUCUUUCAUCAAUUUCAUUCACAACUAUUUCUCCGCACCUCUCAACGAUGAGGAGGAGACGGAAGCAGACAGCCUCUCCGACAUCGACCAGGAUGGUGAGAUGCCAAACGGUGCAUCUCAGUCUGAACACGAACGGAGAACGGAAAAAAUGAAGCUGUACAACCUUUCAAGCGUCAAGAAGAGCAGGAGAUGGCUGAAGAAUGUUCUGCUGAGUGACACUUCCGACUCUGGAGACAACUCACCAACCGAAGAUGACCUUCAGGAUUGGUUGCGAUUCCACAAGCUCAGACAGAUCGCAAAAGCAGAACUGAAUGCCGACCCUGAGCUCCGCCAACACCAGUACUAUGGCGUGGGGAUGCUGUCCCAGCACGACCCUUACCCCGAACACCAGAAGACUGUGAUGGGAGGGCGGAAAAAGCCCAAGGAAAAGAAGGCAGCGGAGCGGAAGAAAGCUAAAUUAAAAAGAGUGAAGAUGGAGAGAGAUUACGACCAAGAUCUCGCGGACCAAGACCUGUCGGACCUGGAGGGUGGCAGUCCGGACGACACUCGAACGCCGGAGAGCCCCAUGAGCGAAAUGCCGCAGGGACCCAAGUCUCACGGGCGGAAGAAGAGCGCCGCGGCGCACGAGGCCGCCAUGGCCAUGAAGCGAAGGAGGUUGUGGGUGGCCCUGUCGAAAAAAGAGAUCGCCAGGGCGCAGAAACAGAAGGUGAACGCUCACAAGGAGAUGCUCACUAAUGCAAAGAGGUUUGCAUCAGCUUGCCAGAGGGAGGUGAGAAGGAACGCUCUAGCCUCGCAGAAGGCGUGCAAGGACACGACGGGCCGAGCCAGGAGGCUCACCCGGGAGAUGAUGCUCUACUGGAAACGUUACGAAAAAGUCGAGAAAGAGCAUCGCAAGAGGGCUGAGAAAGAGGCUCAGGAACAGCUCCGCAUUGACAUCGAACUUAGGGAGGCGAAACGACAGCAGAGGAAGCUGAAUUUCCUGAUUACCCAAACGGAGCUGUACGCUCACUUUAUGAGUCGCAAAAUGGCGGGGAUGAUAGACACGCGACAGGAGGAGAUCCUCCACAACCUGGAUGAGCCAGCAUCGAGUUCUCGCGCCAGUUCUCUCCUUGACACAGACGACGACGAUUAUGACAACGAAGCUGUGAAAGCCCAAGCUCUGCAGAAUGCGGAAGACGCUUAUAAAGCGCACCAGGCUAAGACGGAUGCUUUCGACAGUGAGCUCAAGUUCAUGAAGAAGGCAGACGACAGGAAGUACAGCAAAGACUUCAAGAUCGCAGACCCCAGUCAUGCCACCGAGGACCUGUCGCAGCCUCACAUGUUUGUGGGCAAGCUGAAGACGUACCAACUCAAGGGUAUGAACUGGUUGUAUAGCCUCUAUGACAAGGGCAUCAACGGGAUUCUUGCUGAUGAAAUGGGUCUGGGAAAAACUGUACAAACUAUCGCAUUUUUGGCGGCUCUCGCAGAGGUUCAGAGUAUUUGGGGCCCCUUUCUAGUCAUUGCUCCAGCCUCUACUCUUCACAACUGGCAGCAGGAGUUGACGAAGUUUGUGCCAAAGUUCCGGGUGGUACCCUACUGGGGCAACACGAGUGAUCGCAAGGUGCUGCGUCAGUUCUGGAGUGACCUCCACACUGAGAAGGCUUCGUUUCACGUUCUAAUCACUAGUUACCAGUUGGUGGUACAGGAUGUCAAGUACUUUCAGCGCAUCCGGUGGCAGUAUAUGGUCCUGGAUGAAGCCCAGGCCAUCAAGAGUACUUCCAGUGUCCGUUGGAAGAUUCUGCUGGCUUUCAACUGUAGGAACAGGCUCCUGCUUACUGGUACACCUAUUCAGAACACGAUGGCAGAGCUUUGGGCUCUGCUGCAUUUCAUUAUGCCCACCUUAUUCGAUUCACACGAGGAGUUCAACGAGUGGUUUUCCAAGGACAUCGAAAGCCACGCUGAGAACCGGUCUACCAUCGAUGAGAAGCACUUAUCGCGCCUGCACAUGAUCCUGAAACCCUUCAUGUUGCGCCGAGUCAAGAAAGACGUGGAAAACGAGCUCUCCGACAAGAUUGAGGUGCAGGUUUACUGCCACCUGGCGAGGAGACAGAAGAACCUGUACCAGGGGCUCCGGAACAAGAUCUCCAUCGAGGACCUGAUGCAGUCCUCGGCUGCCGCAUCUGCAUCCCAGGCGCAGUCUGCCACUUCGAGCCUCAUGAACCUGGUGAUGCAGUUCAGAAAGGUGUGCAACCAUCCGGACCUGUUUGAGAGGAGGGAGGUGCGCUCGCCGUUCCACAUGCGAGGAACUGGAGGGUACACUGUACCCAAGCUGCUUUUCACUGAAGGUGUGUUCACUUCGUGGAACCAGAGUCGAAGCCGUUGGCCCAACAUUUUUCAUCCGAGUCACGUCCAUCACUCCCUGUUCAAGUCAGACGCCCAACCCAUGAACACGUUCUCGUUCUCUCGGUUUGUUGGACUGUCGUCCUCUGAACUGGCCAAGAUCAUGCUGUGCGGCUUGCUGGAAAGGUUCUUGUCGAUCAUGAAAGAACUUCGAGAAGCGCAGCGUCUGCACCACCAGCACGUCUGGAAAGAGCAUCGACGAAGAAGCAGGUACCUGGGCUCUACGGACCUGAUGGUGUGCAGACACGCCCCGGUGGGAGCGGCGUCGCUCGCGCAGAAGGGUACCCUGCAUCGCCUCGUCUUUGCCGCGGGUACCGUGUACACCGUCACGAAGCACCGUUAUCACGCCAUGAGAGAGACCCCCGCCCACUUCGAGAUGCGUCAGCGCAAGCUGGCGGCGUCCAGCGCGCAGCCUGGCUCCAAGUCUCCCGAGCAGCUGAAAGACGGCCCCCCGGGAUCCCCCACCAAGAAGUUGCCCAACGUGCCCACGCCGGUCCUGCCAGAGUUCCCCCACAGACUUCUCCCUUGCCAGGUCCUGACUCAUGUGCCAACCGAGGUCCCCAGGUUCGUCGUCGGUUGCAAUGCUCCGAGGGUGACUCUGGAGCCCCGCGGAGUGAUAUGCAACAUGGGUCGCGCCCUGCGCUGGUGGCACAGCAUCCAAGAAUGCGGAAGUCCCGAGGCACUGAGUUGGUGGAGGACCGGCUCUACGGACUCGGCCCUUGCCCUGAAAAGUGCGCAGGCAUUCAGGCCACUUCCUUCGGGAGGGCUGGAUUCGGCGAGGCCUCUGGCGGGGUGGUCUCAUAUUUGCAUUCCAGACAAAGAGAGUCUGGUCACAGAUUCGGGGAAGUUGCAAAUCCUGGACACGCUGCUCAAGAAGUUGAAAUGCGAGGGUCAUCGUGUUCUCAUCUACUCCCAAAUGACUCGCAUGAUAGACCUCCUAGAAGAAUACAUGUGGCACAGGAAGCACACCUACAUGCGGUUAGACGGCUCUUCCAAGAUCUCCGACCGUCGAGACAUGGUUGCAGAUUUCCAGACAAGGACUGACAUAUUCGUGUUCCUGCUCAGUACGCGGGCUGGUGGCUUAGGAAUCAACCUCACGGCCGCUGACACUGUGAUCUUCUACGACAGCGACUGGAAUCCGACCGUGGACCAGCAGGCGAUGGACCGUGCCCACCGCUUGGGCCAGACUAAACAAGUGACGGUCUACAGGCUAAUCUGCAAGGGCUCCAUCGAGGAACGCAUCCUGCAGAGGGCAAGGGAAAAGAGUGAAAUUCAGCGCAUGGUCAUAAGUGGAGGCAACUUCAAGCCGGACACCCUAAAGCCGAAAGAGGUGGUCUCCCUACUCCUCGAUGAUGCGGAGCUCGAACGGAAAUUCCGCCAGAGACAAGAGGAACGCCGGCAAUUGGAAGACUGGCAAGAAAAGCCCAAAGAGCGGAAACGGCGCAGCGAUAAAGGCGAGAAGCGAGGGCCACGAAAAAAGAAGAAAGAAGAGAAGAAUGUCACAAUAGCCUCCGCUGGGUCCCUGGCGCCCUCUGCAGCGCCGUCACCUUCUCCUGGCUUGCAUCAACCUGAUGCGGAAUCUGUGAUCAGCUUGGAUUCUGUGCCUCCUAGUCCUUACAGCGAACAGUCCCUGAGCAGCCUGGCGGUGGCACAGGAUGACACAAGCAGCGAGGGACCACUCAUCGUGGACGACGGCAGUCCGUCUAGUACGCCCCUACCUACUUUGGCUUCGUCUGACAGCCCCGGAGUUCCAUCACCCGGGACCAAAAGCCGUCGCGGUAGCGGCCGGGGCCGGGGCAGACCCCGAGGGUCCACUCGUCGCGGAGGAGUUAGGGGCCGUGGGUCCAUGCUGGCAGCGGCUGAACGUGCGGGUGCGCAGGCGGGAGCGCAAGCGGGCUUUGCAGCUUACGGGUACAGCCUCCCUUGGGGGCCAGGCAACACUAGCAUAGCUAGCUCCAGUGGCGCAACGCGCCCCGUACCGAGCGUCACCGCGUCCUCACCGGCGCCCACCAGCGCAGCAGUGUCACGGACCACCACUCCCAGCUCCUUCCGCGGUGCAGCAGUUCACCAUCCCGGCCCGCGUCACCCAGGCACGGGUGGCGGCCCGCCCAGGCCCGCAUCCCAGACGCACCAGCCGACGGGACCGGGAUUCUACGUCCAGGGAUCUAAUCUCUAACGGGGUGGCCGUCUGCGCGUAGCCUCGGAACAAAAAGAAAAAAAAAAAGUGCCAGCCUAGUCGGUUAGUCGGAGCGUCGAGAAAGAAUUUGUUUUUAUUGUGAUGGUUAAUAAAUCGAUUAUAUAACUAACAAACGGAAGAUACGUAUACAGGCUGCAGUUUUCCGCUGGAACUGCCAAGCUGUGAACUGCGUUACUGGACAGGAAGCUGUUUCACGACUGAAAACUGAAAGAUGCCCAAGCACACGUUUGAAAGCAUAUCAGUGUUGAAAUUUAUUUUGCUCGUUGAUGUUCGGACGGUUCGCACGUUUUAGGAGUUGGCGGUUCUGAUCAUUUCGACGAUGGUGAUAUUUCAAAUCUGCCCGCUACAGAUGCUCGAGGUGUGAUAUAGGAAAAAAAAAAGACUGGUGAUUGCAACGCUUCCGAUCUAGUAUGUGAUGCUCUAACUGGACCUAUUAUCGUGGAGCUCUUCUAAUUCAGCAUUUGACUCUAUACACAGAUAUUGCCCGUCGUGUGAUAUACGAGCUGAUAAGAGACAAGUUACGGGGGGGUAUGCGUUUCUGCGCGUGGUCAGCACAAGUGUUUGGGUGUGUUUUCUACCUUGUAUAGAAUGUGUUGCAGCUGAUCGAAGUGUGUGUAUGUGUGUGUGUGCGCAGCAACCGGUUGCGUGUCUGGGGAGACUCGCAACGUUGUCAUGUUCAUGUUUGAAUGUUUUUCGUUGUCUUUCGUGCUGCAAGCACACGCGACGUACAUGGACGCCGAUUGCUCUUUUUUUUUUUUGAGUGGCUUGUAGAUUUAUAGUAAUAAAUUUGUCGAAGC